GGGACUGUCACGGCGCACCCUCACGCUGCCGGUACCUCCCGAGGGAGGCGGCGGGACGGAGAAGAGCCCACAGCCACGGUCCAGAAGCACAAGAGUACUUGAUUUUGUUUUACUUGCUAAGCUACAAAGACUGCAAAUAUGUCACUGGAAGACAUUCACAUGAACACCCAGGAUUUACUUGAAAAAAAAUACUUAGAUGCUGGAGGAUUUGGAACAAUAUCUUUGUGCUUUCACAAGAAACAUGGAUAUGUAGUGUUAAAAAAAGUAUACACAGGACCCAAGCGCACUGAAUAUAAUGCUUCCCUCCUUGAAGAAGGCAGGAUUAUGCAGCGGCUGCAGCAUGACCGUGUGGUAAAACUACUAGGUAUAAUUUUGGAAGAUGGAAACUACUCACUUGUGAUGGAGUAUGUGGACCGAGGGAACAUGAUGAAAGUACUACAGAAACUCUCACUGCCUUUGUCAGUGAAAGGGCGCUUUGUGCUGGAGAUCACAGAAGGAAUGCUUUAUCUGCAUGAGCAAGGAUUCGUACACAAAGAUCUAAAACCAGAAAACAUCCUUGUGGACACAGAUUUCCACAUUAAGAUUGCAGAUCUUGGUGUUGCCUCCUUUAAGAACUGGAGCAGGCUGACUCAAGAAGAGACUGCCCGACAACAACAAAUUAAGAGCACUCGCCGGAACAAUGCUGGGACUCUUUUAUAUAUGGCCCCAGAGCAUUUACGUUCUGUUAAUGAAAAACCUGUGGAGAAAUCAGAUGUUUACAGCUUUGGCAUAGUGAUCUGGGCAAUUUUUGCUAGCAAAGAACCAUAUGAACAUGGUAUAAAUGAAGCCCAAAUUUGCUUUGGCAUCAUGAAUGGAAACAGACCAGACAUAACAGAGAUCACUACUAAAUGUCCAGGGGAAAUUAUUGAAUUAAUGAAACAAUGCUGGGAGCAAAAUCCAGAGAAACGGCCAACUUUUGCAGAAAUUAGUCAAAGAUACAAGCCAUUUUACUAUCAAGAGCUAGGAAAAAAUAUUGAAGAUGAUCUGGAGAGUUUAAAAACAAUGGGGCCCGAGUCAAAUGAACUGCUGAAUAGCAUGGAAUCCCUUCAAAUAGAUGCUGUAGCAGAAGAUACCAGUAAUGGUCAAUCAGAUCAGCCUAAUUCUCUACACAGCUCUCAAGGUCCCAGGACCAGUCAGAUUAAUGAAGCCUUGUUUGCUGCCGCUCCUGAGAACCAGCCUGUUGAGAGCUGUGAGACAUCAUUUUCAUCUGCUGAUAAUCUGGAAAGAAAACUUCAGCAUGAAUACAACUACCAUAAAUAUGGGAGCUGGAUGGAUAAAGCAGUUUCACCUGUAAGAUACACCCCUGAAAUGAGAGAAGAAGAAAGAAAACGAAGAGUUUCCAACGAUCCAUUUGCAAAAUUUUCUCCUACUCCUCAAUGGAGUGAACUGUAUCCAAGAGCUGAAAAAACAGGAGCUAACGUAAAUCCAUAUUUUUGGCCACAGCCAGCUGGAAAAGCACCAAAACUAGGGGAUGUUGAUUAUUUUCAUGGCUCAGACCCUAACAGUCUUCAAAUAGGAAACACGGAGGGUCAUUAUAGAUCAUCUUCAGUCAGUGCCUUAAGCAUAAGUAAACUUGCUGUACCUGAAUCUGGCCCAAACCUGCAAUCACAGACCAGUGUAAACUGGUACCCAAAGAGCACAGACAACGAUACAGGUAGCAAGGAGUCCACUUCUUUCACAAGGGCAACUUUUGCCUAUUGUCCUACUGCACCCAACGUAAGCACAGAUGAUUCCAUCAAGUACAACAUAAGUAACAGUUCUGGAAUUCAAAUUGGAUCCUACAAUCACAUGAAGGUUGAAGACAACAGUCCACACAUCAGCACUUCUCCUGUUGUGACAGAUGAAACUUACGCGAUUUAUGAAGCAACAGGUAUAUUUGAUGAUACUACUGUCUUGACUGAGAAACAUCUGAAUCUAGUGAGAGAUAUGUUGGCUAAACAGUGGAAGCACUGUGCUCGUAAAUUGGGCUUCUGUGAUCCUGAGAUUGAUGAAAUUGAUCACGACUAUGAACGGGAUGGUCUAAAAGAAAAAGUUUACCAAAUGCUGCUUAAGUGGGUAAUGAGGGAAGGCUCCAAAGGUGCUACUGUUGGAAAGCUUGCCAAAGCUCUCUUUGGCUGCCGAAGACUGGAUCUCCUUACGAGCUUGAUGCAAAUCAAUGAGGAGUAAGUUGACAGAAGAGAGAAAAAAUGAGUGUAUUUUUUUUUUUCUGAAGACCUUACAAAAACAAGUAAUAAUUCUGAACAAACUUUCUGGAAUUCUUUUUGGAAUACAUUUUUCCUGCCAAGCAGUUUUCAGUGAAUACCUACAGCAAAUCAAAAUGUGUAUGUCAAGAUAAUUAGUCUUUCAGAAGAAAAAAUAAGAUAAGCACCUUUCUUCUGAUAAAAUGAGUGAAGAUAAUAACAACCAAAUGCAAUAGUAAUAUCAGUUCAGGAAGACUGUGUCAUACAGAGUUUCUAGAUAGUAUCUCGAAACAUGUUGGUAUCCUUGUUCAGUUCUGUAGAAACACAUGACAUUUCAGCAAAGCUAAUGUAUCAGUAAAAAUAUGUCAAAGACCAACUCAGUCCUUGAAGAACUUGGACAUAAAAUAAAAUCAACUCAUACAUUUUGCCAGAAGUGCCAAUAUUACAAGGGUAAUAUCCCAGAUUUCUCUAUGUCAAUAUGAUAUUUUUAAAUUCUUUUUAUAAUGUUGAUUAAAUACAGAUGCCCAUAGUGGGUGAAUAAAAGCA